AUGAUUAAUGUAGAUACGAUUGCAAAGAUAUUCUAUAAUGCUAGUGAUAUUAAUGAUGAUAAGUAUAAAGCAUUGGUCAAUAUGAUGAUGGAAACAAACGAUUGUCAAGAAUCGGUAAAGGCAACGAAUGAGAUAACUAUUUAUUAUGCCAAGGAAAUGAAUAUCUGGACGAUUGGAUAUAAAAUAAUUGAAGGAUUGUGUUUAUUUUUCAAUUUACUUGCUAUUAGUAGUAUGAUCCCUGAGAAGAGUGAAGACGAGAUAAUAGCAGGACUGAACAAGAUAAAUAUAGCUGAUAUAAGAGCUCUGGAUGUUUUGAUAAGUCGUAUUGAGAAAAAAGAAGCGAAGGCGAAUAUGUUGAAUAAAAUAAAGAUCGAUGGUCUUCUUAUUCAUAUACUGAUGAGUAAAUCUAAUAGAGAACGGAGAAAAAUACUGGAAAAACUUGAUAAACAAUUACUUAAGAAAAUAAAUGAUGAAAUUGAUGUAUUUAUAAUUGCACGGAUCGAGGAUGCAUACAAUAGUUAUAUAGGUGGCUGA